AUGGUGUCCUUCUGGCCGUGGAGGAGAGAUGCCUCCUCCCCAGCCUCGUUUGAGAAAACGCUCUCCACGCUCUCGAAGAAGAUCGCGACUACACAGACCCAGCUUGACAAUGCGAGGGCCACCGCACGUCGGAUGAAGGUCCUCUGGACUCUGUAUCUCUCCUUCGCAUACCUGGUCUACGCCAUCGUCCUCUUUCUCGUUGUGGGGCUGAAAAACCUGGGACCGCUCGAGUGGUCCGGCAUGGCGGGAGGCCCGCUCGUCAUCUACGUCGUCAGGACAGCCAUGACGGCAAUCUUCAACUUCCGCAUCGACACACUCACCGCACGUCUGAAGGACCAGCAAACUGAGCGUGCCAAGACGAUACAGAAGCUCAAGGACGCCACUAAAUACGACUCGACGCUUGAGCUCCUGGAAAAGUACGGCGGGACGGAGAAUAAGGCUGCGAAGAAGGGGAAGAGGGGCUCCGCAGAAGACGAGAAGUCAGAAAAGGGCCAAGGACCAAGGACGCCGAACCGGACCAACAUGCCCCCUCCUCCGACGGCCAACAUCCGCCGAGGCGAUGCCCACGCCCAACCCCCACGCUCCGGGCCCAACACGCCCCAGCCGGGCGCCCACAGCCCCUUCGGCCCUCCGCACCAGUCAACCAGCCCGACAAACCCAGCAGGCCUGGAGACAUCAGCCGAGUUCGCCCCCAACGCCUUCGGACCCGACGGCGGCGGCCCGGCGGCGCACCCGCACGAACAGCCUGGCGGGGCCCGCGGCCUCGCGCCCGCGGCGGUCGUUGCCGGCGAGCCCCACUGGUACGACCGGAUCCUGGACCUGCUGCUGGGCGAGGACGAGACGGCUGCCAAGAACCGCAUCGCGCUGGUGUGCGGGCGGUGCCGGCUCGUCAACGGGCAGGCGCCGCCGGGGGCGCGGAGCCUGGCCGACGUGGGCGUGUGGAGGUGCAUGGCGUGCGGGGCGGCGAACGGGGAGGAGCAGGUGGCGGAUGAGGGGAGGCGUAUCGUUGAGGAGGUGGUG